UUGAUGGUCAACAGGACAGAAGUGACACAGUUCAUCCUGAUGGGACUGACCAGUGACCCAGAUCUGCAGGUUCCCCUUUUUAUAGCCUUCCUCCUCAUCUACAUCACCACCAUGUUUGGGAACCUGGGGAUGAUCCUGCUGAUCGUCUUGGACUCUCGUCUCCACACUCCCAUGUACUUUUUCCUUGGUAACCUGUCUCUGGUGGAUUUUUGUUACUCUUCAUCUGUCACUCCCAAGGUCAUUGCUGGGCUCCUGAUGGGAGACAAGGUCAUGUCCUACAAUGGUUGUGCCACUCAGAUGUUCUUUUUUUCAACCUUUGCCAAUGUGGAAAAUUACCUCCUGGCCUCAAUGGCCUAUGACCGCUAUGCAGCAGUGUGCAAACCCCUGCAUUAUAUGACCACCAUGACAAUGAGAGCAUGUGCAUGUCUGGUCAUAGGCUGCUAUGUCUUUGGUCUCCUGGAUGGCUCCAUCUGCACUGGGAACACAUUUAAUCUCUCCUUCUGUAAAUCCAAUGUGAUACAUCAUUUUUUCUGUGAUAUUCCAGCAGUUAUGGUUCUCUCUUGCUCAGAUUCAAGUGUCAAUGAACUGGCUAUUAUUUGUAUAGCCAGCUUUAACAUAUUUUUUGCCCUCAUAGUAAUCAUAAUAUCCUACAUGUUCAUUUUUAGCACCAUCUUAAAGAUGAUCUCAGGUGCUGGACAUAAGAAAGCUAUGUCCACCUGUGCCUCCCACUUCACUGCAGUCUCCAUUUUCUAUGGGACUGUUAUCUUCAUGUAUAUGCAGCCCAGCUCCAGUCAUUCCAUGGACUCUGACAAAAUUGUGUCUGUGUUUUAUAUUAUGGUCAUCCCCAUGCUAAAUCCUAUUGUCUACAGCCUCAGGAAUAAGGAAGUCAAGAGUGCAUUCACAAAGAUUUUUCUGAAGUCAAAGUAA